AGUCCACAGUCUGCACAGCAGCCACGUGCCUGGGAGUUACGUCAUACCCGGAAAGAAGUGCUAGCCACUCCCCUCACCGUGUAGUGACCCCCUAGAUGUGUGUGGGGACAGCGUGUGGUGGCAGCCAUGGGGGAUUACACUGAGGAGAAGAUGACAAUACCGUUUGGUGAGAAACACCUGGAUGCAAUGCUUUCUCUACCUAGAGACCACAGUGGAGUUAGAUAUGGACUUAUUCUGACCCAUGGCACUGGAGGUGACAUGAAUUUCCCACAAUUGGUGUCUUUGGCAAAUUACCUGGCCUCCCAUGGAUUGCUGUGUCUGAGAUUUACAUGUAAAGGCCUUAAUUUAGUAUACAGAACAAAGGCUUACAGUACAGCGCUGACCUACAUGAAGUCUAAUGAAGAAUAUAAAGUUGCUGGUGUCUUUCUUGCAGGACGAUCGAUGGGCUCUCGUGCCGCCGCCUCUAUAAUGAGAACUGCUUGUGAACAAGAGGACUCCUUUAUCCAGGGCCUGAUCUGUCUGUCAUAUCCUCUACACCCUCCCAAGGCAAAAAGCAAGCUGCGAGAUGAAGAUCUGUUACUGAUAACAAAACCAGCCUUGUUCAUCUCUGGGUCAGCAGAUGAGAUGUGUGACAAGACCUUGAUGACUAAUGUUGUCGGUAAAAUGAAAGCUCCUGUACAGAUCCACUGGGUUGAGAAUGCAAAUCAUGGACUGACAGCCAAAGGGAAAACGCUGAAAGAUGUGCUGCCUGAAAUGAAUGAAAAGACUUUCUUGUGGAUUCAGCAGAUUGUGAAACUACACGCAGUUUGAUCGCUCUGCACAUUUCAAAGAUUACGCACUGCAAAUGGCAUCCAGACUGUGCGUAACUGGUGAAAUGAUGGGGAUUCACAGAACCAUCAGUGGAUCUGUGAAUCCUGACACAUCAAGAUGCAGUGGAUUGCUCUAGACCAGGGAUCAGCAACCUCCAGCUGUUCAGAAACUACAACUCCCAGAAUCCUUCUUUCACUUCAAUGGGUGUUCCAAGAACAGCCGAGUAAAUGUGCAUGUUGGGAGUUGUAGUUUCACAGCAGCCGGCGUGCCGGAGAUUGCUGAUCUGUGAUCUAGACCAUACAUAUAUACUUAGAGAUUAUACUAUGCAGUUUGGUACGGGUGGG